ACGCUGGCGUCGGGACGGUGCGCCCGGCCGGACCCGGGGGACCAGCCAGUGCCGCGCCGACUACCACACGACCGAUCGAAAUGCCGAGCUGAUAUUUAUUAAUAUCCGAAGCCAAGAGCGAGCUCUAGCGUGCAAGACGCACAACGACAUUGUGAGUGGUGAUGACGAGGGUGAGUGACGGUGCGUGGUGAGAGCAUGCAACAGGCGAACCAGGUGGGGGACAACGGGGGCUCCUCCCCCGCGGCCACCGGGGCCACGGGCACGGCCACCACCCGCAGCCACGUGAACGGCGGCCGCUUCGACUUCGACGACGGCGGCACCUACUGCGGCGGCUGGGAGGACGGCAAGGCCCACGGACACGGCGUCUGCACCGGCCCCAAGGGCCAGGGGGCCUACUCCGGCUCCUGGCACUACGGCUUCGAAGUCUCCGGGGUCUAUACUUGGCCGAGUGGGAGUUGCUUCGAAGGGCAAUGGCAAAAUGGAAAAAGACACGGCUUCGGGGUGGAAACCCGAGGCCGGUGGAUUUAUCGGGGAGAGUGGACGCAGGGCUUUAAAGGACGAUAUGGAGUGCGGCAGUCCAACACCUCCACAGCCAAAUACGAAGGAACUUGGGCGAAUGGCCUACAAGAUGGUUACGGAUCCGAGACUUACGCAGACGAUGGCACUUACCAAGGACAAUGGCUGAGAGGCAUGAGACAUGGCUACGGCGUAAGGAACAGUGCGCCAUUCGGCAAAGCGUCCAAAUACAGAGCUAACAAGACAUUAAGGGCGUCUCUAACGUCGCUACGCAGUAAUGAAGGCAAUACGGGAGCAAAUCCAGAAGCGGCGGAAAAAAGAGACCGGCGAGUUGAUGAUUCCAGAGGAGGCUUCGUCCUUAAAAUGAACUCGGCCGAACCCACGAAAAGGAGACAAUCCCUCGGCUCCGGAAAUAUUAAGAAAGGAUUGCUUAUGGGGUUGAAGUUGAAGAAGCAACGAAGCACUGGCGAUUUAGAAAAAAGGGGUGGUGGAGGAUCUGGCAGUAUCAGAUCGACAGGAUCAUCAGCCUCUUGGGUCAGCACUGAUUCGGCACAGUCAGGCAUGACCAACGCUUCUAUACCGUCCGAUUCCAAUGCGAGCUUCGUUGUUGAGGACGAGCAAAUGGAUCCUAAAGUAACCGAAACUUACAUGGGUGAGUGGAAGAACGACAAAAGAUCAGGCUUCGGCAUUAGCGAGAGAUCCGAUGGUCUCAAAUACGAAGGCGAAUGGUAUGCGAACAAGAAAUACGGUUACGGUGUAACCACGUUCAGUAACGGGGAGAAAGAGGAAGGCAAAUACAAGAACAACGUCCUUAUAACGAGCCAAAAGAAGAAACUGUUUUUAAUGAGAUCAGCUAAAUUUAGGGAAAGAAUCGACGCCGCAGUGAACGCCGCUCAAAGAGCAUCGAAAAUAGCGUUACAGAAAGCAGAUAUUGCGAUAUCGAGAACGGCAACGGCCAGAGGCAAAGCCGAGCAAGCGGACCUAGCGGCUGCUCAGGCGAGGGAAGACUCGGACGUGGCCACAACUGUUGCCAAACAAUACGCGCCCGACUUCAAGCAGCCGGGUCUGGAAAGGCUGAAAGCGCGACAAAACAAGUACCAAAUCAACACAGACACAGUCACCCUCAACCAGAAGGAGAACCCACACAACCAAAUUCCAAACCAAGUACCGAACCAAAUUCCCAACCAAAUUCCCAAUCAAACGCCAAACCAAGUCAACAAACCACUCGCGAACCAACUCAACCAGAUACCGAACCAAAUACCCAACAAACCACACAACCAAACCAACUACCCGCCCCAGCAAACCGUAGGUUUCAACCUCCAACAAAACCAAAACGCUUAUAACAACACUAACAAUGUGUCCAACGAGUUCGGUCCGCAGCAAAACUUCUCACCGGACAAUAAAAUCACCAACGAAUUCCCCGGAAACAAACCCCGGAAUUCCCUCCCAGCCGACGACAUCUCCCCGCAAGUGAGCUCGCUCCGGAGGGGCUCGAGGCGGGUUUCCGGCGAUAGGCCGUACUUAGGGAACUUAGGUCAACAGUCUUCGAUAGAUCACUUCGAUCACUACAAAAGGCCGCCCAGUCGGGACUCGAGUGUGGAUAGGUACUCCCGAGCCACAGGCAGGAUGAGCAGCACAGUCGGGUCCCGACAGCCCUCAGUGGAACGGUCGUCUCGUCCUUCGGAGACCCCCGACAGGUCCUUGCGGGCGCCGUCGGUCGCAAGGGGGACGACUCCGGUUCCGACGAUUCCCAACACGAAGAACGGGUCCGUGUUGACCGGAAGUGCGGCGGGAAGCAACGCCAAGUUGGCUGGGAAUAAUCCAGGACAGCCGCCGCCGUUCGAAGAAAUCAUCAUUCGGAAGCGGGGACUGGGCCAGGAUAUCAUUCCUUCUCCUAACCAACCGAAACGGACUGAAAGCCUAUUCAUUCCUGGAGCGCCAACGACGCAAGCGCCUAAGAAUCUGGUGACGCAGACUUCGUUGCAACGCAAGAAAUCACUGCCCGAUUUUCAGGAUCUGCCGAGGGCGACCGGUGCCAUGUCGAGGGAGGAGGUGUCCUAUCUUGGGUCAGCUCGCAGAGAGGAGGUCCGCCGUCAAGCCGAAGAGAAAGAACGACUUCGUGCCAAUCCGCUCCUCUACCUAGUCAGUCCGCAAGUAAAGAGAUCCGAUAGGAUUGGCUCUCGCGCCAACAGCUGGUGAUUGUAGUGCUGUUCAUCAAUAUAUCGCUGGCCAUCAUGUUCUUCAAGCUGCUGACAUAGUACAGGCUGGGCGUCAAAGGACGCGUGUUUCAGCCGAUUACCCACCAACUAGACAAUUGAUGAGGAUUGUAUAUUAGGACUUAUUUAUAUAACACAGAUGGGUCAUGCCUGACUAAGUGUCGACUAUUAUAUUCUAACGCGUGACUUGUUGGGAAGCUGUGUUUGGGAACAUUUUCGCUGUUGGAGUUUUUCUCAGAUUUUAUCUACACUUGUUUGUUUAUUUCAUCUUGUUGUUGGCCACCCCAGCUCUUCGGAAAUUUGUUAUGUUUACUUCUCUCCCAUUUACCAAAUGGCGGUGUAAAUAAUUGUUACGUUAGGUUUUAGACUAAAUAUUUUAUAUCGCGUUUAGUGGGGCAAACACAGACGAGGUGAAGCAAACCAACUGAAUAAUUUAUCAUUAUAUUUGACUUGUUGUAAGCGUUUAGAGGCAAAGUAUAUUUAGUUGUAGCUUAUACCUAUAUCGUUCUCGGACUGAGCCCACUGUAUCAGCGGAACGGCGCAAACUGGCGUCUUGGGGCUCCAUCAUCCUUGGCCAGGCCUCGGUGCCCGAUCGUUUCGUUUAAUCAAAAUUUCACGGACACUGACGCCUGCUCACGAUGACGCACUAAUACUUAAUUUUUGUAACUCUCUUGCAGGCAGGAGACAUUGGUUGUAGAUAUGGAAACGGAAGUGUUUGUUUAAAUUCAAAUUUUAAAUGUUUAGCUCUUUUACAUAUGAAUUUAUAAAACGUUUUCUAAACUAUUUUUGCGUGCCUUGUUCAACUUAAGUGAUUCGUACAUACUAUUUGUAAUUAUGCAGACAUUUGUAUGAGCAUUAAACAAAAUUUCUAGAUUUAUAUGGAAUCGAAUGUGUAACGAUGUGUCUAUCACUUUAUAUUUUCAAUUAAAUAAACAAAAAGGGCUGACUGCAUUCUUCCCUUAGUCAUAUUGACUUUUA